UUAGCUCCCCUUCCGGGUAAAUAACUUUUCGUCAAAAUACGGAGUAGAUGUUUACUUAACCUAUACUCCGUACUCCGUAUUCGUUAAACAACUUUUUUUUAAAUACCCUAGGAUUCUAUCGCCAUACGUUCAGAAAAAUAGAAAUACAUCCCGGAGGAGUAUUAUACAGUCCACAGCAGCGGCAGCUCUCCAGUUGAGCGGCAGGAAGCCUGCAUCCCUUACUACAUGGUGAACAGUGUAACUGUAGAUCCAUUAGAUCGGGACAUGGAGCAGUUUGCCGAGGUUGAUCCCACGGGCCGUUACGGGCGCUAUAGUGAACUAUUAGGAUGUGGAGCUGUAAAGAAAGUUUAUAGAGCAUUCGAUCAUGAGGAGGGGAUUGAAGUUGCUUGGAACCAAGUAAAGCUUCGAAAUUUUGCAGAUGAUCAGCAAGCCCUUGACCGCCUGUAUUCUGAGGUUCGUCUUUUGAAGACUCUCAAGCAUAAAAGCAUAAUUGCACUGUAUUCUGUUUGGACUAAUCAGGAACGGAGCACUUUGAAUUUCAUCACUGAAGUGUGCACUUCUGGAAAUUUGAGGGAUUAUAGAAGGAAACACAAGCAUGUUUCUAUCAAAGCGGUUAAGAAGUGGUCUAAACAGAUUCUUAAGGGGUUGGAGUAUUUGCACACUCACGAUCCGUGCAUCAUUCAUAGAGAUCUUAAUUGCAGUAACAUUUUCAUCAAUGGCAACGUUGGUCAGGUUAAAAUUGGUGAUCUUGGUUUUGCAACUAUUGUUGGAAAGAGUCAUUCGGCACAUUCCGUUCUCGGGACCCCAGAGUUUAUGGCACCAGAAUUGUAUGACGAGAAUUACACGGAGCUAGUCGAUAUAUAUUCGUUCGGGAUGUGUGUUCUUGAAAUGGUAACUCUAGAGUUACCCUAUAGUGAAUGUGAUAAUGUGGUGAAGAUAUACAAGAAAGUCACUUCUGGAAUAAGGCCUCGAGCUAUGGACAAAAUAAAAAACCCCGAAGUUAAGGCUUUCAUUGAAAAGUGUCUCUCUAAAUCAAGUGAGAGACCUUCUGCUUCUGAUCUUCUCGAGGAUCCUUUCUUCAAUGGCAUUACUGACAACUAUGAUGAUGACGAUAAUAAUAACAAUGAAAGUAGUACUCACAGCUGAUUCUCAUCUUCCUUGUGUAAAUAGUUUAUGCUUACCUUUUUCUGGGCGAAGAUUUUGGGUGGAGUGUUUUUAUGAAGUGUUUCAUAUCUAGCAAUGUAAAGAUUUAAAGUUCUUGAUAUUUGUAUAAAGAAUAAGGACUCAAAUUUGGUCAAAAGUUGUCAUGGAUGGCGUGUAUUGUGGAUUUUAAAAGUUAUAAAUUGUUCUCAUCCGAGUCAACAAGGAUGGGUUUGAAAU